AUGUCGUGGGCUCCACAAGGCAACGGGUGGGCCAGCGCCCCUGCCGCCCAGGACGAGCUGGCGCUGCGCCUUGGACAGCUGGCUCUCCGUGCUGGCGCUGGCAGCGACCCAUCGCACCUGGUGUCCACAGGGGGGCAUCCCCCUGCCCAGGCCUCCGCCUCCGAACACCUCCUCUCCCAAGCCAGGCAAAGACAACUGUACCAGGGGCCCAGGGUGCAGGGGAUGCCUGUGCAGCCUGGUGUCAACAUGCCCAAGCCUGCAAGACUGGCGCUUGGAGUUCGAGGAGCGCCCACCUCUGUUCCUGUUCUCAAUGCUGGAUUGAUGCAUGCUGCGCAACUUGGAUUGGGAAGGGUUGGCAACUCUGCGGCUGGACCUGUGUUGGGUAGAGACCGCUACACAGGCAGUGCACCUCAAGGCAUUGUGUCACCAUCCAACCAGCAGCACCAGCAGGCUGCACUUCUGGCGCUUGUUCAGAAUCAGCUCGCAGCAGCGCACAUGCAGCAGCAAGGCUAUGCAGGAACGAUCCCAGCUGUCCCAUCAGUGGUGCAACAGACACCACCGUAUGGCCAGAAUCAUGCAACUGCCGCAGCGAAUCAGGCAAACAUGAUAGCAGCAGCCACAGCAACAGCAGCAGCACAACAAGUGGCAAGCAUGAGGAAUGCAGCAGCCCUCGCAGCUCGGACAUCAGUAGGCGCAAGCAAUCCCAAGCGGCACAUGCUUGGUGCAGAUUUGUCAAGCUUGGGGCAGCAGCAUUGGGGAGCAAAUGGCCUUGCCCAGGGAGUGGCACAUGGGGCAGGCGUUCUGCAGAAUGGGCUGCAGGGCUCUUGGGGCUCCCAGCUGUCCCUUGCUGGCACCAAUGGAGCACAGUUGCGGCAGCUUGCUCGGGGUGUGGGGCUGGGGCAUGGCGUAGGGCCCGCUCUGAACAAUACUGUAGCUGAAUUGGGAGUGGGGAACCUUGGCCACCUGGGGGUGUUGGGGCAGGGAAUCACUUCCCAAGCUAGCCCCAUGGCAGGUGGCGGCCUGCAGACUGCUGGUCUUUUUGCACCAUCGAUAAUGGCCAGUGCACCGAUGUUGCCCAUUUUGGGGGAAGACUUGACAAAACCAAAUGUUCAACAGAAGCAAGGAGUGUUGCCAGGCAUUGCGCCAGGGGGCCUUCGUUUGAUGCAAUCUGCUCCAUCAGCCUUGCAAUCGGCUGCAUCCCUGGACUCUGUCAAAUCUUGUGAGACAGGAAUGACAAUGGGAAGCACUGCUGGUGGCUCCCCGAAGCUCAGGUUGGCAUCAGAUGCCCAAAAGCUCAAAGCAGCUGACAGCGCGGCAUCAUCUGCACCAAUGGCAGCCCUGGACGUAUCCACCUUGACUCAGGCCCAAGUUAAUGCACUUGUCAGUGCGCAUGCACAAACUGAAGAGAUCCGACUGUUGGCCGCACAGUUUGGUUUGUUGGGCCGGCCUGCUGGUGCUUCUCCUGCUGUGUCUAGUGGACCUGCUGUAGGUGUUCCUUCUUCCAGUACAGCACCAACGGCGGCUGGAGGAAGCACACACAGAGAAAGAGACGUGAGCACGCUAAAGACGCUAGGCCAGAUGCUGGCAAGGACGGGGAACACGGUGGAGAGUGCUGUGCAGACAGGGCUCCUUGGGGGCUGCAAUGCUGAGGAUGUGAAGGUUGUGUGGGAAGCAUAUGCUGCGGAAUUGACUGGGAUGAAGCAAGCCGCCAGCCUGGGGUCAACGUGGAGUAUGGAGUUGCCCAAGGGAAGGCAUCUGGGCACCUCGGUGUUGCCCACUUCCAACCUUGUUGCGCAGCCAACUGCAAGCGAAAACGUGGGUGGGGUAAUUGGGGACAAAAGGGAGGCCCCUAGCCAGGUUGCAGACCAGCCUGUCAUGCUACAAUCGUCUGCAGCUGCUGAAUCCACCAGUGCGGGCGCCCCGGCCCUGUCCUCUGCUCAAAGAGAGAUUGCAAACCAAACAGCUCGGGAAGAGGAGGUGGAAGAGGAACCAAAUUGGGACGAAGUUUUCGAGAAUGAAGAAAAGUUGGUGCCGUCACAAGUAAUUUCGGCAGUGAACGACAGUGCUGCAGACCUUCUGACUGCUGGUUUGAAAGUGCCCUCAGAAGGGGCAUUCAAUGCCUUCAGUUAUGGUUUUUUUGGUGGUGCUGUGGAUUGUGGGGGAGAGCUACUGGAAGAUAGCUUGGAAGAUCUUCAGAAGCCAGAGGGAGGCGAUAGCGACGUUGGUAAUGGCAAACAGAGCCCUGCAGUGUGGGAGACACUGGCACAGGAGUGGGAAGAACUUGACAGCGAACUGGAAAAGCCAUCUUGA